AUGGCGGCUUUGGAUUGGAAUGAGAUCGCCCGAGUCGCGGUCCCACCAAGUAUUCCACCGAGCACCGCUUCAGCGGCCAUCUUCGACGACGUUCAGGAACUUGUUUGGAUUGCGACUCAGGAUGGCCGUAUCGCAUCUCAUCAUGGACCAGACUUACGGAAGUAUACUUCCGUUCGUGCUCAUAUUAACGAGGGUCGAAUUCAUCAGUUACUUUCGCAUGAACGAGGCAUUCUGUCGAUAUCGAACCACAGUAUUCAUCUGAUAAGUCGCAGAGGUCCAGCGCUAUGGCAUAUUCCAAUGCCCCAGACGACAUUUCUACGAUGUAUGUGUUUCACCAAUGGCACGAGUCACCUUCUCGUGGCAAGUACCCAGCCAGGUUUUCUUGUUGUUGAUAUCGAGAAGGGAGUUGUUGUCUCCCAGCACACUGCCCGAGUCCCAUACAAGCUACUUCGUAAAGGACGACAAAUCUGUGCCGCCACCGAGCAUGGCGAGGUUGACAUUCUCGAUCCGCUCGACUAUUCGGUGCGGACGACGUUCAAAGCACAUUCGCACAUCAUCACCGACAUGGACGUCAAGGGUGAUUACUUGGUUACAUGCGGGCAAUCGACGCGGCAUAUUGGGCCGCCCAUGGUAGAUUAUCUGGCCAAGGUGUACGAUCUUGCACGCAACAUUCAGCUGUCACCAAUUCCUUUCAGCGUUGGUGCAGCGCAUGUUCGCUUGCAUCCCAAACUGCAAACGACAAGCAUUGUCCUUUCACAAACAGGGCAAAUACAGGUUUUGGACCUUAUGGACCCCCUCAAUGUCGCUCUCCGACAAGCCAACGUCCAAUUUAUUCAAAGCAUCGAGGUUUCUACUUCAGGUGAUGCACUGCUCAUCAAUGAUUCAAGCGGUAUUGUAUAUCUUUGGGGCGCCCAACCUGGAGUUCGCUUCAAUAACAUGAGCAAAGAAAUCGAAUUUGCAUCACCUCCUGAUCAGACGACUAUCCCACAAGUCGAUUGGCAGGACAGUCCGCUCAACGCGGUUGGGAUACCGUACUAUACAGAACGUCUCUUCAGCGCGUGGCCCAGUCAUAUGGUCUUCGAGGUCGGCGCACCACCAGUGCAACCGGAUCCAAACCUCGCCCAUUACUUACAACCAAUGGAGUUGGGUCAUGUUGCUCAGAAUGUCUUCCGAAAAGGUCGAAGCAAUUCGUACAUCAAUUCGUUACUGCAACUGUACCGCUUCGUUCCGCUGCUACGAAAUGUUGCUCUCCAGCAUGCAGCCACGUCUUGUGUUGAUGGGAGUUGUCUGCUGUGCGAGUUCGGAUUCCUCUUCGACAUGAUGGAGAAGGCAGCCGGUCAGAACUGUCAAGCCACGAACUUGCUUCGAACAUUUGGAUUGUCUCGGGCGGCAGCAAGCUCUAACUUGUUCGAAACGUCGGCCACUGCAGCAGGAGUGCCGCUUGGUAACAUCAUUCAGCACGUCAACAGGUUCUUUCUCAAGCAUAUGGCCGACGACUAUGCGAAGAUGAACCAGAGUCGCGAUGGCAUCGACGAGAUUCUUUCGACCAAUUUCUUCGAGGUCAUCUGCUGUAAUGUUUGUCGUAGCGAAUCAACCAAGCACUCCAGCACAUAUCUACACGAACUGAGCUACACGGUCACGGAUAUGAGAGAUCACCGACCUCGAAUGCACCGGUUCUCGCAAAUACUCAAGCAAAGCAUUGAGCGAGAGACUAAGAAUCGUGCUUGGUGUAACAGGUGUCAUCGAUAUCAGCAGCUGGCUAUUCGCAAGACUAUUCGGCAGCUGCCUUAUGUGCUCAUGAUCAAUACUGCGAUCGUGACUCCGGCAACUCGACAGAUAUGGGAAACGCCACACUUCUUGCCUCAAGAAAUCGGAAUCAUGCUUGGUGACAAAGUCAACAUCUACGAGGGUUCCGACCUCAACCUCCAUGUUCGAAACAAAGCGCCAAAUUUGCUUGUGUACGAAUUGGUUGGCUACGUUGCGGAUGUCGACACUGAUGACCGUCAGCAACCGCAUCUGGUCAGUGUCAUCAACACCGAGGUAUCGAACAAGAAGACCAAUCAAGGUCAGAAGACCUUUCCCAACUGGCACCUAUUCAAUGACUUCUUGGUGGACAGGGUGGAUCCUCGGGAGGCUACGCAUUUCAACAAGUCGUGGAAGUUGCCAUCCAUCAUUUGCUAUCAAGCCAAGACUGCUCACGGUAAGAUCGAUGACACUUGGCGGUCUGCAGUCGAUACGCAACUACUACAUCUACCGUACAGCAUGAACAACGUGCCAGCAUCCCAGAAAUGCCAUAUGCUGAGUUCGGCGGAGUCACCAAACGCUGGGAUGCACAUCGCCCUAGACACCGAAUUUGUCGAGCUUGAGAAGGCUGAGAUUGACGUCAAGGCAGAUGGAACAAGAGAAACAAUCCGACCAGCGAAGAAUGGUCUUGCAAGGGUCAGCGUGCUCCGCGGCGAAGGCGCAGCAGAAGGUCUCACGUUCAUCGACGACUACAUCACUAUUAGCGAGACGAUCGUCGAUUACAAAACGCAAUACUCCGGCAUCAGACCGGGCGACCUUGAUCCGAUCAGUUCGACGCACAAUCUAGUGCCACUGAAGGUGGCCUACAAGAAGCUCUGGAUCCUCCUCAAUCUCGGCUGCGUCUUCGUUGGCCACGGUCUGGCAUCGGACUUCCGCAAGGCCAAUAUCCACAUCCCAAAAUCACAGACCAUUGACACGCAAUACCUGUACUUCUCGCCUAGCAAGAACCGCAGGCUGAGUUUACGUUACCUUGCGUGGGCCGUAUUUGGCGAGUACAUUCAAGAAGAAACAAUGGAUGAAGCACAGAAUGUCGACGGACAUGACAGUAUCGAGGAUGCUCAUAUGGCACUAAGGCUGUGGCGGAAAUACCAGGAAUACGAGCAGAAAGGAGAGGCAGAGCAUAUGGUCGAGGAGAUCUUCCGGAAGGGCCAAAGAUUUGGAUGGAAGCCACCGCUUCGAAGUGGUGAGAGACUUCCGUUUGCAGAAGGAGGUCCAAGUAGCAAUUUUGCCAGCGGAAGGAACACGCCCGAGCCAGGCAUGGCUGGGCCGCCAGGUACCCCAGGAACGGGACCGAGAAUAUCAGCGAGUACGCUGUCGCCAUAUCGCAGUGGUAUGGGAGGGAGCUCGGAUGCUGGAAGCAGGCUUGCGGAGAGUCCAUUACGAUGA